GAGGUGGCCACCAAUCACGAGUAGGAGCCCUCGAUUGGAACAAUCAUAUACUGACAACAGGUGGGAUGGAUGGUAUGAUUUUCAACAAUGACGUCCGGGUGAGAUCACAUAUUGUGGAAACCUACAGAGGACAUAGUCAAGAAGUGUGCAGCCUAAAAUGGUCUGCCUCGGGCCAGCAGUUGGCAAGCGGAGGAAACGAUAACCUUCUCUAUAUAUGGGACAGAUUAUCGACUGCUGUUUCUUCUUCCAACUCCACCUCCUCAACCACACAAUGGCUUCACAGGUUCGAGGAACACACAGCUGCAGUUAAGGCCCUUGCCUGGUGUCCAUUUCAGGGGAACCUUUUGGCCUCAGGCGGAGGUGGAGGAGACCGAUGCAUUAAGUUCUGCAAUACUCAUAUCGGUUCAUGUGUGAACUCAGUUGAUACAGGGUCUCAGGUGUGCGCAUUGCUGUGGAACAAGAGUGAGCGCGAGUUGCUUAGCUCUCAUGGGUUUACUAAGAAUCAGCUCAUGCUCUGAAAAUACCCAUUAAUGGUUAAAAUGGCAGAGCUUACGGGACAUACCUCUCGAGUUCUUUUUAUGGCUCAGAGCCCAGAUGGUUGCACUGUUGCAUCUGCUGCAGGUGAAACACUAAGAUUCUGGAAUGUUUUUGGAACCCCUGAAGUCAAAAAACAGGUUCCCAAGUCUAACCCGGAGCCGUUCGCUCAUGUUAACCGAAUCCGUUGAUGCCCGAUUUACUAUAUGCUUGAUGUAAUCUCGGUGCUAUUGGAGGCUUUCAAGACAAGGGGUUCAAGCAUUUGUUAGGCUCUACUCAAGAGUGAAAGUUGAAUGGGAAGGGGAGGGGAUGGAAUGCUUAGGAUAUUGAUCUAUCUCUGAUGAGAUAAUGCUAUGGCUAAAAUGAUAGUGAUGCAAGUGGGCUGACAGUAGAGUAGUGGAGGAUGAAGAUAUGGCUGAAAAUGUGGUGCACAUAUGGCGUAGCAAACGUGACAGGAAGGCUCUGGUUUGGCAAGAUGAUUAUGAUAUUUAUUACUUGUUUAUAGUUUUUAUAUUGUGUAAUUAAUAAUUAAAUGAGCGUAAUUAAGAGCUCCUUUCCAAAUCAUAGAGUUGCUGGAACCCCCCUGACUCGGAUGGGCAUUUUAGUCCAAGUAAAUUACAACGACUCUUUUUUGCCAAACGGCGUCAAUAUAACCCUAGAACAGUUUGAAGCGAACCAUUCUCAAUCCGCUUCCGUUUUCUGCUCUCUCUCGCUCUCGCUUGCUACAUUGAAUCUGUUCUCAAUCGAUCUCCCAAAGGCUCUCGAUCUUCGAUCUUGAUACUUUGAAUCUCUGUCGUUCUUUAUUCUACAUUCAAUUUUGAUUAAUUUUGUUGAUCUCUUAAUGGUCUAAUAUUGUUUUUGCAGGCCCUUUUGUUUCCGAAUAUAUAUUUCUGUUUGCA